UAAAAAUUCAUUACCGAUAUGAAUCGUGACGUGUAAGACGAGCUUAACAGGCUUGUCAUUGUUUAUAUAAAUCGUUGUCAAAUUUUUAAUGUUUUGAUAUGUCUAGCCUUGUAGGAUUUUAAUAAUUAUUUUCUCCCUUCUACAUCAAAAAUUCAAUGUAGGCUAUUAAAAUUCCGAAGGUUUCUCAGUCAAGUAUUUUAUCAGUAACAAAUUAUCCAGGUUCAAGAUGACAGAGGCAAAGCUUAGUGAUGAUACUGAUGAAGUUAAUAUAACAAUAAGUGAAUUGGAAGAAAAUAUGGAAAUACUAAGAUAUUCCUGUAGCAACAAUGCCGAAUAUUUUGCUAGUGAUAGUUCCGAGAAUGGCCAAAGAUUGUAUAUUUCAUUUUUAGCCAUAUUAGACUACUUAGAUUGUCUCAAGCCCAAAGUCCAAAGGAUACAAAGCGUAAUGCAUAAGUUUGAUUUUGAUGAGCAUGUUCAAGGCAAUGGGUACAGGAGUUACAUAUCAGUUGUUGGGUAUGCUGUGAAACAUACCAGUGAUAUGAGUGAAAGGAUACAAAACAAAAGGGAAAGUAUGCUGUUCAGAAAAUCUUCUUUAGCUAAAGAUAUAGAGUCAUGUUCACAUCUGUUAGCAAGUCUAGAUUCUUGUUUGGCACAAUUGGAAAUUAUAAUGUCUUGGAGUAAAGAUGGAGGCUUGUUUCCAAGUGAGGAACGCCCUCCAGAAGAAUUGAUUGCAUAUGCAGAUAGUAUCAAUCGUUACUGCUUUUAUGGACGAAAUGUGGGCUUUCAGUUCUGUGAUUCUCUGAAACAUAUAAUGAAGUUCAUUGUUUUGACAAUGGCAAUAUUUUCAGAAGUUUACUACAGUGAAGGUAAUUUCUUCUCAAAAGCAACUAAUUCUCUGUUUAGCACAACAAAAUUCAUUAGUGAUCCAGAAUUAAUAGCAAAACGAGUAGUCAAUAUAUCAACAAAUGCCAAAGUAGAUUUCUGUAAGGCUUUCUGGUUUCUGUCUGAGAGCGAAAUAAUGAAUCAAAUACCCACCUUUGUUUCCCCUAGUGUUGCUGUAUCAAAAAUCAUUAAUUUGGCUCCCGAGCCUUUGAUCAUUAAUGUUGAUGGUAAAGAUAUUGAAGUACCUAUUCCGUCCUCUUUUAUUGGUAAAAAAACUAUUCAGGUUCGACUCAUAAGUCAUUCAGUGCAUGAAGGGAUGAUUGGGGAAUCGAAAAAUAGAGCAAAACCAGCAAGUCCAGGCCUUUUAAUCCAUUGUCAUGGUGGUGGAUUUGUAGCGCAAUCUUCUAGAUCGCACGAAUGUUACUUGAGGGACUGGGCAAAAUAUCUCAAAGUACCCAUUUUCAGUAUUGAUUACAGUUUAGCACCAGAAGCACCUUUUCCUAGGGCAUUAGAGGAGGUAACUUAUGCCUAUUGCUGGGCAUUGAAAAAUCACAAUUUAUUAGGGAGCACAGGAGAACGGAUUGUUGCUGCCGGUGAUUCUGCUGGUGGUAAUUUGUUGCUAACAACUUCGUUGAAAUGUAUAACGUUAGGAAUUCCGCCUCCCCAUGGCAUAUUUUUAGCGUAUAUUCCUGCUUUUGUCAAUUUUGUACCUUCGCCUUCGAGAUUACUCUCAAUGAUGGACCCUCUGCUCCCAUUAGGAUUUCUGUUGAAAUGUCUGAAAGCCUACGCAAUUCCAGAUCCAGAGUUAAUUCAACACAAGGAAUUCAAUUUUCAGACUAACUCUGAUACCGAGAGUUUCGAAGAGAUAACAGAGUCUGAUAUGCAAGCAUUGCAGGCUCGUAAGUCUCCUACUUCAGAUUCAUCAGAUACCCUUACGUACGGUUCCAUCUGUUCGAAUCUGAACGACGAAAAUGAAAAGGACGUUUAUUUGACAGUGUCCGAUAUUGAGAAGAAUGAGAAGCAGGUGUCCGAGUUUUUGGAAAAAUACGUUUUAGAAUCAGAUACUGACACUGAUGUUACCAAAGUUAUUCCUACAGAACAGGAAAAUUCCACAUCAGUUCAAAGUGCCGAAUAUUCAAUUCAUAACCGUGUCAUCACAUUUGUUUCGUCCUUGAAAAGUCGCAUUAGUAAUAUGAUGGGCGGUACCGAAGUGAAAGAUGAAGUUCCGAAAGAUAACACGGAAUUGUUUGAUUGCCCCAGCAGGUUUAACGAAGACUUCAAUUUCACCGUUAACGCAGAUCCAUUUUUGAGCCCUAUUUUAGCCAGCGACGAACUCCUGAAACAGUUACCUCCGGUGAAAAUAUUGACCGUGGAACUUGAUCCAUGUUUGGAUGAUUGUGUCACUCUUGCGAAAAAACUGAAAUCUCUGGAUAAGGAUGUUACCUUGGAUGUUUUAAAGGGCCUACCCCAUGGUUUUCUCAAUUUUUCAUUGCUUUCCAAAGAAGCCUAUGAGGGCUCACAGAUGAGUGUCAAAAGAGUCAAGGAACUUUUUAAUUUCUCAAAUGCGGAUUAAGGCGAGCUAGACGUAGUAGUUGAAGGUUUUAAGAAUAUUAGAAUUCUUUUCCAUUUUUAAACAUCCAAAUAUUCAAUUGUCGAAGUUAUGAAAUCAAAGACUAGUAUUCCAUACGCUUCAUAGAUACAAUAAUGAGUCGUUAUUCCAUUAUGAAUAAUUGAAAGAAAAGUGAGAACAAGUAAAAUAAAUAAUAUCCAAAUCUAUGUAUUGAGUGAAAAAUGUAUGAAUAUGCAUUGAACACCAUUUUAAAAUGAAAGAUUAUUUUUAUAUGAAAGGUAACGUAUACUUAUGCUUAACGGGAGAAGACCUAAAAAUUUCAACUAAUUCGCUACUAAGGUACUGAUAAUUUUAUUUGUUAUUGACUUCUCGAUGGAAUAUUUAAUUUUUAAUUGUGAUGAUCAUUUAAUUAGUUAUAUUCUGUGUUAUUAUAAUUACAGUUGAUGCAGGGUAAAUUUGUUUAGCCGACUGAUCUGGAUGUGCAAAAAUCUCAAAGAUAUUUAUUUUCACAAAGUCCCAAAGAAAAACUGGAAGUGAAACUUUCACAUAAAAAAAUGCGAUAUAAAAUUACCGGUGUCCUUCCGGUAGUGUCCAAUACUUCGAAAAUAUUUAAGUAUACAGGGUGUUGCAUGUAACCUUGAGGACUUUUUUUUUUUAAAUAAGAGUUGAUAUUAAUCAAAAAAAUCAAAAAUCGUUACACAUUAUUCGUAAAAAGGCUCAUACUUCUAAUGACUUUAUACAAAAUUUCAAACAAAUUCAAUAAAUAUUUCUCUGUAACCUUCUAAGGAGCCCCGCCGGUGGGACACCCUGUAUGUGGGUAUAGUUUUGGUUUUUCAACAUUUAUUACUCCGAAUAUUUGUGGCCUUAAUUUCCAUGAAUGUAGAAUUAGCAUCAUAUACACCCAAUACAAAAAUAUAAAGAAAGAAUAAAAUAAUGAUUAAAAUUAAAAAAAGUGAUUAGACUAGUCAAAUUUCAAUACUGGUAAACAGUAUAUCAAGCUCUGUUCGAAGUUUAAGUAAUUUCUGAUCAACAGAAAUCACAACAUUUUAAUUCUAAUUCACUUGUUGGGGAGGGUACAAAUGCUGGGUUCAAGCAGUUUUCAUGUAAAAGAAUUUUUACAGAAAUUCUGAAACGAGGCCUAAUGAAUAUUUCAAUGGAAAUUUAAGUUUGAAUUUUUUAAUAACCGUUUGAAAUUAAUGCGAAAAAAAUUAAUACUAGGCAGUUCUUUCCAUAUGGGAAAAAUAGAACAGUUUAAUUCACACUUCAAAUAAUAGAAGAUUUUAAUCGUUAUUGUCAUAAUAAAUUAUGAAAAUUUAAUUAGCAACUUUCAGUUCAAAAUGUAUGUGAAUCUAUAUUGAUUAUUGUCAAUAAUCUACUUCUGUUCUUAUUUAUUAAAAAAUGAAAGAUUUGUGACAAAUUUUAUGUGAUAAUUAUUUUUUUAUGAUACUCAUUUAUUUAUUAAGUUUUGGGAACUUUGUUAUUGUGGUUUUUAACUUAUUUGUGGAUUUGUAUUUAUAUUUUCAAUAUAACCUUUUAAUUUC